AUGGAGACUGAAAAGGGAUUGAGAUUGGAUUUCGGAAGGAGUCACGGUGGUGGGGCUGGCGGUGGUGUUGGUGCUGGUGGGGGCGGUGGCGGAGGUGGAGGCGGUGGUGGUGCCGGAGGCGGUUCAGGUCAUGGAGGCGGAUUUGGAGCUGGGGGAGGAGUAGGUGGAGCUGGAGGUGUUGGUGGAGGUGCUGGCGGAGGUGGAGGUUCAGGCGGCGGCGGUGGUGUGGGAGGUGGUUCAGGUCAUGGGGUUGGCUUCGGAGCUGGAGGAGGGGUCGGCGGAGGAGCAGGCGGUGGUUUAGGAGGUGGAUCUGGCCAUGGUGGUGGUGUUGGUGCCGGCGGUGGGAGAGGAGGAGGGGGAGGAUUCGGAGUUGGAAUAGGCAUCGGAAUCGGAGUCGGCGUCGGCAAAGGAAGCGGUAGUGGUUCCGGUAGCGGCGGCGGAGGUGGGCGGUGA